UGGUCGUGGUUGCUGCAGUUCGUCUCCGCGCCGCGGGGUUUCGCUGUGACGCAUCCACUCCUCCACGUGAGCGGAAGUGCGUCAGUGGUCCGUGUGACCAGAGGACUGUAGAGCUCACGAUGGCGUUCAGGCUCCUGGUGCGGAGAGUGUGUGGAGCGUCUGUGCGAGAUCUCCAGCGUCUGCCGGCCAGCGUGUCGUCGUUCUCCUCGUGUCUGACCCCGUCUCCUGCGCUCUUCUCCCGCUCGCUCCCGCCUCUCCCGCUUCUCUCCUCCCGCAGGAGUGUGUCGUUCAGCGUGCAGGACCACGACGACUUCACCGAGAGGGUCAUCAACAGCCAGCUGCCCGUCCUCGUAGACUUCCACGCACAGUGGUGCGGCCCCUGUAAAAUCCUCGGCCCUCGGCUGGAGAAGGCCAUCGCCAAACAGGAGGGCCGAGUCGCCAUGGCCAAAGUGGACAUCGAUGAACACACAGACCUCGCCAUCGAGUACGGGGUGUCGGCCGUUCCCACGGUGAUCGCCAUGCGGGGCGGUGAUGUCAUCGACCAGUUUGUGGGCAUCAAAGAUGAGGACCAGCUGGAUUCCUUUGUGAAGAAGCUGAUUGGACAGUGAAGCUGUCAAUCACGCUCCUCUAGCCCCGCCCACCUCCCUCUGGAGACGCCAUUACAUCUGAUCACGAACACGGACAACUGCUGCAACCUGGACCAUCUUCGCUUCACCAUCUCUCCUGCUUUCAUUAACUGUGUCUGUGUCGUCAUGUGCUUUUACCGUGUUCACCGCGGUACAAGUGUAGUAAAGUGUUGUCGGAGAACUGAUCGACUCAUCCGGGCCACACGAGGGCGACCUUCCAGCGUUUCACACCUGAAGGCUUACUAAUGUGAAAGUGUGUGAUGAUUACAGACGUGUGUGUGUGUCUCUGUUUGCUUUUCUUUC